CGGCUCAGGUGAACCGACCCUAGAAUGUGGACGGUGGUGAACAACAAGAGCGAGGCGGUCACCGGGAACAGCUCGGAGACGGCUGCCCCCGAUGUGACGCUCCCGCUCCUGCACCCCGUGCAGCUGAACGGCUCAACUGCAGACGCCACUCAUCCCUCCGGCCCGGAGGACUCUUCAACCAGCAGGAGUGGAAUCGUCCCCGCCACCGUGUUCAUUGCCUUGUUGCGCGCUCUCUACGCCGUCCUCUGGAAGUGCAUGGUGUCCCCGCCCCGCCGAAAGCACAGCAAGCUGAGGGUGAGAGUGAAACGGAAGACGUCUGUGUGAAGGCUCCCAGGUCAUCUUUGGAUCUCAAUGGUGCGAUUAAAAAAGAUCUCAGUCACAAAAUGCCACAUCGGAAGAUCCUCGUAAUGGAUCCUGAGAUCAGUCCCUCCUGCUCAGCUUCACAGCCGUCUGGUCACUCAUCAGCUUCUUCUUCUUCUUCUGUGAACUCUGCGUUACUGGUCAGCCAAUCGCCUCGACACGAGCAUCUGCUGGACAACUCUAGAAAAGUCGUUCUAUAUUUGUCCUCUGCUGUCUGAAAUCCCCUCAGGACGACAUCACUGCUGAAAGACUUGAUAAAACCAACUUUUUUUCCCCCCUUCUCAUUUGGUGCAAUGGAAAGAGGAAUAAAUGUUCAUUGCUGUGACUGUGGGUGUGUGUGUGUGUGUGUGUGUGUGUGUGUACGGAUUUCUUACUUACCACACAAUACCAGUGUGAAAGGAAACCCCUCGGAGUUUGUUGCACUCACAGAGGCAUCGGUGAUUUUUCCUUCCAGAACCAGUUCUGCUACUUGUGGAAACCAGAGUGGAGCGGACUGAACCAAGUCAAGAGCAGGGGAGGAGAUUUGAAUUGUGAACAUUCCACAUUUUUUAUUUUUAUUUUUUUAAAGCAUCAAGGAAGAUGGUUUGGAUGGCACCGAGCCAAGGAUUCCGGUGAAGUGACAGAUUUCGGGAGUUUAUCCAUCAGAGGUUAAAAUAGGUUCAGGUCCCGUUGGUUUGGAGAAGAUGGAUCAGGGUUUGUUUUCAACAAAAAGAUGAUAAACAAUGGAAAUAUCA